AUGCCCCACACCAGGCUGCUGCUCCUCCUCGCCCUCCUCUGCGCUGCCAAGACCGGACGGGCUCUCCACCUCUACAACACGGCCUCUAUCUUCAGCUGCCUCAACGCGGCCCUUGCUGAAGCCCAGAAGAGCCGCCCGGAGGAAAAUGCCAUCUUGGACAAGCGCAGCUUCGACUCCUCAUGGCCAGAGGAAGCUUCCGAGGAGGAGGAGAGGGAGGGCGCAGUGGAUGAAGAGAUGGGGAAAAGGACAUUCCCAGGGGAAGGCCAUUACAAAUACAUCUCCCAAGCCCAGGUAAAGGGGAAGACAUACCAAAACCGGGCCAAGAGCGACCGCCGCACCAAGGUCACCCUCUCCCUUGACGUCCCCACCAACAUCAUGAACAUCCUCUUCAACAUCGCCAAAGCCAAGAACUUGCGGGCAAAGGCGGCUGCCAAUGCACACCUCAUGGCCCAAAUUGGGCGGCGGAAGUGA